AGACCAUGUCCGGAGGGAGCUUCUUCAUUUUUGUGCCGUGCUAUGUUUGCAUGGUUAGAUCCACUCGUUUACAAAGGUUACCGCCGGCCUCUAGUUCUUGGUGAUAUCUGGGGCCUCAAUGAAGCAGAUACAUCUACAGAAGUUGUACCUGCCUUUGAUAAGUUUUGGCUGAAAAGCGGGAAACCAAGGAAAGACAAUAUCAAACCGCUUCCCAAGGAUAAAUCCUCAUUGAGUGCAAAAAGUAAUAAUUCCAGUGCCAAGUCCAGCAUACCAAGUUCCUGGUCAAAAGGUGAAGUUGAGCUUGAGCCACUCUUUCACAAUGCUGCGGGUCAAAAGGGUGGUACUGAUGGACGUCAGCAAACAAAUAUCAUGUAUGCUAUGUGCCGGGCGUUUGGUGGAGUAUUUUUGGCUGGAUGUAUUGCUAAGCUCUUUGAGACAACCAUUGUGUUUGUGAGUCCUCAAAUCUUGAGCUUGCUCAUUACAUUUGUGGAAGAGGGUGAUGAACCUGUUUGGCGUGGCUACAUGUAUGCAGUUCUCAUGUUGUUGGCUGCAACAUUCCAAACUUUGAGUAUGACACAACACAACCAAAGGAUGUACAUUGUCGGAAUGCGCAUCAGAACUGCCCUCAUUUCUGCUAUUUACCGAAAGGCUCUACGAGUAUCAAAUUCUCUGAGAAAGGAACUGACGCUAGGAGAGAUUGUCAAUUUGAUGGCUGUGGACGCUCAAAGGUUCACUGAACUCAUGGCAUAUAUUAAUUUGGUUUGGGCUGCCCCCUUACAAAUUGUUCUUGCUUUGUACUUCCUGUAUCAAACCUUGGGAAUUUCGGCAAGUGCAGGAAUUGUUGUUCUACUCCUCAUGAUCCCAGUCAAUGCAUGGCUAGCAAACCGUGUUGAAAGUCUGCAAAUCUCUCAGAUGGAAUUGAAAGAUGAGAGAGUAAAGUUAACAAAUGAGGUUUUGGGAGGAAUGAAAAUUUUGAAGCUGUAUGCAUGGGAAGGUUUCUUUGGUGACCUUGUUCAAGGCAUCAGAAAUAAGGAACUUGGAGUACUAAAAGCUAAUGCAUAUCUCAAUGGAUCAACUUGCUUCAUUUGGGUAUGCGCUCCAUUUUUGGUGUCUCUUGCAUCAUUUGGUAUGUUUGUCAUGAUUGACGAAAAUAAUAUUUUGGAUGCAAAGAAAGCUUUUGUGUCAGUUACACUUUUCAACAUUAUUAAGCAGCCCUUCACCAUGCUUCCAAUUCUUAUCUCCAAUGCAAUCCAGGCCAGUGUUUCAGUGAGCCGAAUCAAUAAAUUCCUUAAUGCAGAUGAACUUGACCCCAAUUCUGUCACUCAUGACCCCCGUGAAGUGCACCCUGUUAUAGUUGAGAAUGGAACUUUCAGUUGGGGACCCGAUGAAACUCCAGCACUGACAAACAUUACUCUUCGAGUUGAGACAAACCGUCUUGUAGCUGUUGUGGGUCCAGUGGCCUCUGGUAAAAGUUCUUUGAUUGCCUGUUUACUUGGUGAAAUGGACAGACUUUGUGGAAGAGUGAAUACAAAGGGAACUAUUGGCUAUGUUGCGCAACAAGCGUGGAUUCAGAAUGCAACCCUUAGAGAUAACAUUUUGUUUGGACUACCAAUGGAGAAAGAAAAGUACAAUAUGGUCGUUGAAGCAUGUGCUUUGAAAGCUGAUUUAGAAAUGCUACCUGGUGGUGAUUUGACAGAAAUCGGUGAAAAGGGUGUGAAUGUCAGUGGUGGUCAGAAACAGAGAAUAGCCCUGGCUAGAGCAGUUUACAACUCAGCUGAUGUUUAUCUGUUUGAUGAUCCUCUCAGUGCUGUCGACAGUCAUGUUGGAAAGCAUAUAUUUGAACACGUCAUAGGACCGAAUGGACUGCUUAGAAACAAGACCCGGAUCUUGGUUACCCAUGGCAUUCAUUAUCUACCUGACACAGACUUAGUUGUGGUUUUGGAUGAUGGCAAAAUUGCUGAGUGUGGAACAUACCAAGACCUUAUUGACAAGAAGGGUCAAUUUUCACAGUUUGUCACACAGCAUUUAAAUGAUGGAAAAAUUGACUCUCCCACUGCUCCCUCAAGUACUGGUUCACCCUUAUCAGAAAGUGUUGCAAAUGGGCAUGCUCCUUUACCGAUGAUUGAUGGUGCUGACCCUCCUAAGCAUGAAGAGCUGCAAAGAAAAUUGUCCCGUAAAGGUCGCCAAGACUCUCAACAUCGCAGACCAUCCCUUGGUGGACCAGCAAGAAAGAUGUCAAGUGACCCUCACUCUCAUGCCCAUACUCCCCAUGCAUUGAGGGGUAACCAGCCACCAAUGGGCCGCGUCGAUUCCAUCAAGGGUCUUCACCGAAGGCGUUCUUCUAUUCACAGAUCAUGGUCUAAGGUUACCACAACUUUAUCAAGUAGUCUCCAAGAAAUGGAUGAAAUAGAUGUCCGCACUGCUCCUAAGCAGGGUGAGCGUCUGACAGAAGCCGAGGUUGCUGAGACUGGCAGUGUUUCCCUCAAAGUGUACUCUCACUACUGCCGUGCUGGUGGUCUCUGGUUAUGCUUUUUGACAAUGCUCUUUAAUGCUCUUUAUCAAGCAUGUGCAGUGGGCACAAACUUUUGGUUAAAACAAUGGAGUGAUGAUCAUGAACGUACUCACAAAGAGAAUGGUACAUUACCCAUGGAAACAAGGGACCUUUAUCUUGCAGUUUAUGGCGUCUUUGGUCUUGGUCAAGCCUUAACUUUGUUCAUUUCGGAUGUGGCUCCUCGUCUGGGAGCGUGGUUUGCGGCCAAAGCAAUGCAUGAUGUAAUGCUUCAUGGCGUUGUUCGUGCUCCAUUGUCCUUCCAUGAUGUAACACCACAAGGACGUAUCCUGUCAAGAUUUUCUAAGGAUGUGGAUGUCAUGGAUAAUCUUCUCCCUCAACAGAUAGCAGAUACACUCUGGUGUAUGUUUGAGGUGCUCUCAACAUUGCUAGUCAUCAGCUACAGUAUGCCCAUUUUCUUGUCGGUUAUUUUGCCCAUUGCUAUUCUGUACUACUUUAUCCAGAGAUUUUAUGUUGCCACCUCAAGACAGCUAAAACGUCUUGAAUCUGUGACAAGAUCACCCAUUUACUCUCACUUUGGUGAAAGUGUAACUGGUGCUGCAACAAUCAGAGCCUAUAAUGUGAAAGAACGUUUCAUCCGCGAUUCGGAGAUAAGAGUUGAUGUAAAUCAGUCAUGUUUCUACCCUAGUGUAAUUGCUGCAAGAUGGCUGUCAGUACGCCUAGAGACUGUAGGAAAUCUCAUCAUAUUCUUUGCCGCAUUAUUUGCAGUUAUGAGCAAAGAUACUAUUGGGGGUGCUCUAGUUGGUCUGUCCAUCAGUUAUGCUUUACAGGUCACAUCUGUCUUAAAUCUUAUGGUUCGUCUUUCCUCUGAAGUUGAGUCAAAUAUUGUUGCUGUUGAGAGAUUAAAGGAAUACGGAAACACUCCUCGUGAGGCAGAGUGGGAGUUACCUGAGAAAAAGCCUCAAGCCAGCUGGCCUGAAAAAGGAGCUGUAUCUUUCUUGGAUUACAAAGUUCGCUACAGAGAAGGACUUGACCUCGUUUUGAAGGGACUUUCCUUUAAUGUUUCUGGGGGAGAGAAAGUGGGGAUUGUUGGACGCACAGGUGCUGGCAAGUCAUCUCUUACUCUAGCAUUGUUCAGAAUUGUAGAGGCUGCUGAUGGCAAAAUUAUUAUUGAUGACAUUGAUAUUUCUACUCUUGGUCUGCAUGACCUCAGAUCCAAAAUUACCAUUAUUCCUCAGGACCCCGUCUUGUUCUCUGGUUCAUUACGUAUGAAUUUAGAUCCAUUUAAUAAGCAUUCAGAUGCUGAAUUGUGGACAGCGUUGAAUGAUGCUCAUUUAAAAAGCUAUGUUGAAGAAGAGGGAGAGGGACUUGAACUUGAGGUGACUGAGGGUGGAGAGAAUUUGAGUGUUGGUCAAAGGCAACUAGUUUGUCUUGCUAGAGCCCUCUUGCGCAGAACUCGUGUGCUUGUGAUGGAUGAGGCAACUGCUGGUGUGGACCUUGACACCGAUGAUCUCAUUCAGGCCACAAUCCGCACGAAGUUUAAGGACUCUACAGUCCUUACAAUUGCUCAUCGCCUGAACACAAUUGUGGAUUCAGAUGUGGUCCUUGUAUUGGAUCAAGGACGACUUCUUGAAUUGGACUCACCUGAACGUCUUCUCAAGAAUAAGGAAACAGUUUUCUAUUCCAUGGCAAAAGACGCUGGUCUAGUUUCAUGAAAGUCAUUAAAAGCAUGACAAUGUCAGUUAUCCAAUGAAAGGAAGAGUAUCUCUAGGUUAGUAAUUAUUAUGUUUUGUGAAUAUCCUUGUACAGAUAGCACCAUUUCUCUCUUCAUUCAUCUCUCUUUGUGUUCACAUUGUAUUUAAAAGGAAAAAGAAUGUCAUCAAGAUCUAAAUUUAUUAUUUAUGUCUUCAGGAAGCAAUAUGCCUAUCAAAGAAUUAUAGUUAGUGACUAGUUAAAUAAAAAAUAUAUUUUUAACAGAACACAGUUCUAUUUUUAGUGUAUUGUACAGAAAUCAGACUGCAGAUAUAUUUUUUAAGGAUGUGAGAUGGUUGAAAACAUGCAGAAUGUAACUUAUUGUGAUAAUGUUAUGCUAUACAAAUUAUUUCUGUGAUGUGUUCUCUUGUCUUACUCCUUUUGUUGUGCUGAUACCUAGUCAAGUCUCAGAAAUGUUUACCAAGGUCUUUGGGAUUUUACUGUGAAACUACAAGUUGCAUUUUAAUUAUAUGCUUGGACAUAUCAGUGAGAUGAAUUGCUUUUCUAAAGUGUCAUGUAUUGUUUCCAAACAAACUUAUGGAAAAAGCGCACCUUAGAGAGAUGUGCCUUCAAUCAUAACAUUUUCUGAUUUCACCUUAGGAAGCGUCAACUUCAAAAGUCAGCCAAAUUACUUAACUCGUUUGUAGUAUGGAAUAAAAGAAUUACAAGAAUGCAAGACUUAUUUUAAAGUGCCUGACAAAUGAAGAUAUUGUGUAGAGCAAAAUCUAAAAUGGAAAGAGGUGAUACAAUGUGAUAAAAUCUUGAAGAGUAUUUUCUUUUCAGUGUACAUCAAUAAGAAUACAGCAGAAUCUCAGUGGAAAAUAUCUUCAUCUAUUGCAAAAUGAGGCUUUAUUAUUGAUGUUUGACAUGGAACCUUACUUAAAAUGUGUACUUCUAUUUUGUAUUAGUUACCUAUUCUUUUUCUUCCCUCUUUGCCAUAUUAUUUUUAAAUGCCGCCACUUAACUUUGAAUCUACUUGCUGAGCCUUGAACGAUCAUACGUUUUCUUUUUCAAGGCUGGUUUUGAUGAAGGGGAGGGGAGGGGGGGAGGGGGAGAGUGCCGGUGAUGUAGUUUAAGUUGUUUUUGUGUUACAAUGUAUUGUCAUACUUACUGUCAUUGUCAUUGAUUUACAUGCCUUUUCAUAAUUCAUAACUAAUAAUUGUAAUGUGAAAAUGAUGCUGAGUGAAUGUAUAUGUGCAAUUUGCAUAUGUGAGCAUCUCCAAGAAAUAAAUGCUGUAGAGCUGAUGUGAGACGUCAAAUUAAA